AUGGAGAGGGCGCCGUGCUGUGAGAAGAUGGGACUGAAGAAGGGGCCAUGGACUCGCGAAGAAGAUCAGAUUUUGAUCUCUUAUAUUCAGAAAUACGGCCAUGAAAAUUGGCGCGCUCUUCCCAAACUAGCUGGGUUGAUGAGGUGCGGGAAGAGUUGCAGGCUUCGAUGGACGAAUUAUCUUCGACCAGGUAUUAAACGAGGAAACUUCACCAAGGAAGAAGAAGAAACCAUCAUCAAGCUGCAUCAUAUUCUUGGAAAUAGGUGGUCAGCCAUUGCUGCAAGAUUGCCCGGACGAACUGACAACGAGAUUAAAAAUAUAUGGCACACCCAAUUGAAGAAGAGAGCCCUCAAGCAAAACCCUACCGCGCAUAACGUCAACAACACUUGCAGCAGAGGCCAGUACUUCCCAGACCUGUCCAUGCACGACGUCGUUUACUCCCCCAUUUCCCCUCUGAAAUUUCCCGGCAACUUAUCCGGCGGAGACAUUCCGGCGAUAACAGCCAUGCGGCCGUGCUUGGAAGAGCGCGCGCAGCUCAUCAUGACUGCAGCCUCCGUGAGCCGUCCCGGAGAAAGCAAUAAUAAUAACAAUGGCAACUUUCCAGUUGUCGCUGAUUCUAGGGUUCAUCAGUAUCCUGCUUCUCACGUGGAACCAGGGAGUGCUAUGAAUUUGGAAGUGACAGAGGAUGACAUGGAUUUUUGGUACAACCUGUUGAUAAAGGCAGGAGACUCUGUGUAG